AUGUCAUCCCCAAACCUGAUGCAUCUAAACUUGAUGCCAAGAAAAAGGAAGCAAGAAGAGAUGUGGAAUAUAAUGAUAUGCUAUAGAGUGGUUCAACCUAAAAUACCUGUUGGCAUAAGAGGUUGUAUAUCGUGUUGGUCUUCGGGAUCGGGUAUUGGUAGUGGCAUUUCAUCAUACACUUGGUGUACAGGACUUGGAGGGUUGGGGUUUCUUGAAACUAGUUACUUAAGUUAUUUAAAGUUCACUGGUUCGGAUGCGUUUUGCCCCAUUGGUGGUGGUUCUUGUGGUGAUGUUCUCAAUAGCAGUUAUGCUGCCGUUUUCGGUAUACAUCUUCCCUUUAUCGGAAUGGUUGCAUACGGGGCUGCAACAUUCCUUGCACUAAAGUUGGCUGCAAAGGACUUGCCUUUCGGGAUUGAUGAAAGCAAUGGUGGAUUGAUUUUACUUGGGACAACUACCUCAAUGGCUACUACAAGUGCAUACUUUUUGUACAUUUUAAACACACAAUUUGUAGAAGCAACAUGUUCUUACUGUUUAGCAUCAAUCCUUUUAUCAUUCUCAUUGUUCUUCAGAACUGCCAAGGUAUAUGUAAAUCAGUAAAUGUUUUUUCUUUUGUUAAAGUUGUGGAUGAAAAAGGUAAAAUGGAAUCACUGUUUAUUAUCGUUGCAGUUAUGGAAAUAUUUGUAUUUUGAU